AUUGAGCAGCGACCUGUGUAAAAAGUGGGUCAGCACCAAUAGACUCGGUGACCGGCAAAGGACGAAAGACAGCUGUUGCUAUAAAUAACCCGUCCAUCAUCGGCCAAAGCAAAACAAGCGGGUCGGACGACAUGAAGUCGCUACGUUUCCUCGCGUCCGAGACUUUUGUACAGAACGGGGCCGAACGGGACCUGUCUUGCGUGUCUUUUCACGCCUACCCGCACUUGUUGAAGGCUUGCUACCUGCACGAGCGUCCGGAGAUGCUGCGGGCGUUGGUGCGCACUUGGCCGCUGCCUGAACUCCACCUGGGAAGGCUCCUGGGGGAGACGCCAGACUGCCCGGACGAUCUCACCUCGCGCACGUGCAGGCUGUGUCUUACUGCGCUUUUCACUGGAUUGAAGGACUACGUGUUGUUCCCGCCGAGCACUUACGCCAAAACCCUUCACGUGGUGGACUUGACAUCCUUAAUGGACGUGGAGCGUCAGUCGUGCCCCUGCGGAACCACCUUGGGCCGCUGGGCUCGCACCGAUCUGCUCAGUCGGCUUUGCUACGAGACUGCGGCGGCCAUGCAGACGGACGCCAACAUACCCUUGUCGGCGUUCGGUGUGGCUUUGGAAGUCCGUCUGAACGGCUUCGUCACGGGGCGCAACUACGACGAGGUGACGCGGGCGUUGAUACUGGCGCGCCAUUCGCCUUUAAAGCUGCGUUUCAUCACAUUUCGGGCAGAUUCCCUCGCUCUCAAACAGCUAUUUUACGUUCUGCGGCUGGCCCGGCCGGAAGGUAUGAGCAAGCUGGAGGUGGUUCACAACAUCCCGCUGGAGGCUCCUCACCUGGAGGUGCUGCUCUCCAAGGUGGACUUCCCCAGACUGCGAUCCCUCACGCUGCCUACGGGGGCUCUGGACGUGAGGAGGUUGGGGGAGGACGACCAACAGCAAAUGGCCGUCAUCGGGGACUUGAUGGCCAAGCUCGGCAGCCUAAAAGAGCUAUCGGUGGGAUUCUCCGCGCUCACUGGACAUCUGAGGAAGCUGCUCAGCCCUUUACAGACCCCCCUUGAGAGUUUAGAACUGGCCAACUGCCGCCUGAGCGGCGUGGACAUGACUUACCUAGCCAAUAGCCUGCACAGCGAGUACCUAGUCCGCCUCGACUUGAGCGGACACCCCGUGCUGGACACCUUCUCCGCCCCCUUCCUCAAGCUCCUGGGCCGAUGCGCUUCCUCGUUGACCAUCCUAGUCUUGGAAGACUGCGGCUUGGAAGAUGCGUCCGCCCUGACCCACGCCCUGUCCUGUACUCGCGUGCUGGAGGAGCUCAAGCUGCUAGGAAACCCAUUGAGCGCGGCGGCUCAACGCGCGCUUGUGAACACAUUAGCAGCAGGGUUUCCCCAGUUGAGGUACGUGGAACUUCCGGUUCCUCGAGAAUGCUACCCCGAAGACGCCGCGUACCCGCUGGACGACUCAGCCCUGGUGCGGUACGAUGUGGCGCUAUUUCACGAAGUGAGGGAGCAGCUCCUUGGGAUCCUGGCGGGAGCAGGAAGAGCAGACGUGGAGGUGUGCACCCCACUCAUGGGCGCAUACGAUCCGGACAUUCAAGAGACCAACAACGAGCUCGGGGUGUCCAUGUUAAAAUCCUUUAACAGUGUCAUGGGGAACUUUAUAGACACUAUUACAGAAGUCAGUGAGAGGCGAGCGCACAAGAACUGAACAAUAACAUCACUUGUAUUAAGUUCACCCCAACAUAGUUGCAGUCUAGCAUAGGUUUCUUUGUAGUUUUUUAGGAAAGAUAGGCAAAAAUGAUUUGUUUUAAAAUGUACAUUUUAAUGACUAUAUGAUUUCAUCUUAAAUACACAUCACCAAGGAAUAACCGGUCCAGAUUUGCUUUCACUUCUUCAUCCACUCUUCUCUUUCUUUCCUUUCGCGGAUCACCUCUGUCAGGUAUGGCGUCAGGUACUGCACAUCCUGAACAAAUUAAGAAAAAAAUAUGUCAGGGUUUCCCCUACACAUUCAAUUUUGUGGCGCACCGCCACUCCAAAA